AUGGAUAUCGAACCCACAUUUAAAGGGUACAUUGAAGAUGAAAAGGAUGCGUUAUUGAUUAUUCAGGCUACUAUGGAUGGAAAGUUAAGACAUAUUCCUAGGAGACCAUAUGAAAUUGAAAGAUCAUAUCUUAUUACAUCUGGAAAUAUUUUUGUAUUUAUAGAAGAAAUAUCUGGUAUCAAAAGAUGGACAGAUGGCGUUACUUGGUCUCCUUCAAGAAUUGCUGGGAAAUUCCUUGUUUAUAAAGAAAUCAACAAAGCCAUUAUUUUCAAUAAAAAUAAAUUUAAACAUCUACCAAAGAAAUCCGAGUAUAUUAAUAACAAGAGUAUGACUCCUAAGAAUAAGAAAAGUUUCAUACAGGUAAGUGACGUAAACAAUAAGGAAAUACCAGCAAAAUCAAGGAUUAAACUCCUGCCUUUGUUAAAUAAUAGAAAUGGUGGUAAUGAAAAUAAAGACAGAAAUAAUAUAUUCUAUAGGACUACUAACGUUAAUGUAAUGCGUAGGAAAUUAAAUUACCUGGAGCCUCUUGGUAAUCAAAAUAGUUCUGAUUCAAAUGAUGAUUCUAAUGGUGAAAAUAUUAUCGACUAUCCUAAAAAUAAUAAUCAAUACUUUGAACUUUCUAAAAAAGUACCUUUUAAAUCCUUACAUUCAACAAAAUAUACAGGAUUAAUUAAAAAGACAAUAUCUGUUAGUCUAAGAAGGGAAAAUUUAAAACAGCAAGAGACCUUUCAUGUUGUCUCAUAUUAUACCAUUGACGAUGUUAAAAAGAAUAGAUUAAUAACUCCAAAGGAUUCAUUAGUUUUUAGAAAUAUCAAGUUAAGUAGGGAAUUGAUCCAAGCAAUGGAAAAUAUAAAGUUGGGAAACCCAAAGGUCAUAACUAAAGAAAAAAAUGUUUCUACAUCUCCAGAAGAUGUCUCUAGUGAAGAUUUAGAAAGUACAUCAAACAUUGGUACUCAUCAAUCAUCACAUUAUUCUAACAUUCUUACAACAGGAACAACUAGCAUCAUUCAACCAAGUUCUUCCUCAACAAAUAUGGACAAGCAUAAUGAUAGUAUAGAUGUAAAUUUUGGAAAUAAUAUCGGAGACGGCACCCCUAAUUCACAAAAUUCAUCCACCUUCAAUAAUAUGAUACCUGUUAUAAGUUCUUCUUUUGGAGACAAUAGUAAUGAUAAAUUUAAUCCUAAAAACAAUAUGAAUCUCAAUAAUGAUGCAACGGGAUUUCCUAAUACUAUGCCUCCAAAUGGAUACGCAGUAAAACAUGGUCCUUAUUAUAUUAAUCAAUCUCAAUCUAUCUCAAACAACAUGUUUUAUAUGAAUGCUGAAAAUGGUAACAUUCAAAACGGUAUGUUUAAUAGUGUAGAUGUGAACACUGGUUUUCCUGGAGCCUCUGUGUCCCACUUAAACCCGCAUCAAAAUCAUAAUAAUCCUUAUGGAUAUUAUUAUUAUCAAGGUGCAACAAAUGGAAACGGUUAUUCCAUUGGUGAUUCUAAUAUAAAUAACGGAAUAGCUUCACAAAAUCAGAUAAUACAUCCGAUUGCUCCUGGUUUGAUUUCUUCUUCUGAUACUGGUUACCUAAAUAUGAAUACUUUUCAGGGUAACAGUACUUCUUCCAACAAUGUAAAUAAUAUUAUUCCGACUAUUCGUACCAAUGCAACAUAUACCUUAUAUCCAGUAACUAUUUCGCCAGGUACAAAUAAUCAAAUAUCCAGCAUUGCAAAUAAUAAUGCAGCUGUGACAAGUAAUAAUACAGGGAAUCAUAAUAUAAAUUAUUUGAAUAAUUCUGUUUCAUACCCAAUACAAUCCGCAACCCAUUCAUUUAUCACAUCAAAUAAUACUACUAGAGUAGUUGAGUGUUCUUUGGGAAAUAUGGUUCCAACACCUGUCAGUAUUCAAAACAAGAAUAUUUCAAAUAAUCCAAAUACUCUAUCGUAUUUUGGGCAAUAUAACAAUGGAAGUACAACAAACUAUUUUGAAAUACCCAGAGGCAAUAUCCAAAUUGGGCCCUCAUUGGCCAACCAACAAAUGAAUAUCUCAUCUGACUUGAAUAGUAUCAAAACCGAAGACACUAAUAAUAAUAGUUUCGAUAGUCCAACAAAAUAUACAUCCAACACAUAUACAUAUCCUGGCACACAAAAUUCUACCAAUUAA